GCGUUUUCAUCUUGGACCAUCAUGAAUGACAGUUUAAGUAACACGGGGUUCCUCUGAGUGUUUUCUACCAAGAGACCUUAUUUUCUUUGCUAAAAAAAAAAGCGGUGUCAUUUCAAUUAAAGCCAUGCUUCCAAGAAUCUGCACUCAGGAGCUAAAAGCAAAGAGAAUGAAAGUGAGCUGUGUCAGCUGAUCGGCUUUCAAACCACCUUCAAACUCUCAAUUUUCUUAAAAUGAUCUGUCCAUCAAUGAUGUCUCUUGGGAUCCCCUCUGCAACUUUUAUUGGCAAAGAAUAGACUGAGCAGAGAUGCAGUACACAAAAACACAGCCACUCAAAAAGAAAUCCAUUUUUAUCUUUUACAGUGCAUAGCUUUUUAGUGGAAAAAAAUGUCUCCUCCUGAAGAUAAUUUUAAAAUCGCAAUAUAUUUUAAAACACAGCAUAUUUCAGUUAAAUUAUCACUUUUUUCCCUGUAUGGAGAAUCCAGUUAAUGAUAUCCUACAGAUGUGGAAUUACAAUUCCACAAUAUUGUCUCAAGAUAAAUUAAAUUGCUUGGAAGGAUUUAAAAAUAAGCCCAUAUAAUGUGCAAGAUAUGGCCAAGAUAAUUGUGAAAUUUCAGCGAUAUUUCCGAAGGAAGCCCAUACGCUUUUUCACGUUUAUCAUCUUAUACUUAACAGCUGGGAGUGUUGUAUUUUUGCAUGCAACAUUUGAAGGAGAACAUGUUGUACCAGAUAAUGAUAAGACCUCCGUAGAUGGAAAAAACGGUGGAGCAGAUAUGCAAGAAUCUGGGAUGGCCCAGCUGGGUAGAGUAUUUAAAGAAGCUCCGCAAUCACCAAGCACGCCACGAAGAUAUGGACCAUGGUUCAAAACAUCUGGAAAAGAAUCACUAGAGAAGAAUAAGCAAGGAGAAUUUGGAGGUACUUGGAAUAGGGCUCUGAAAGGAAGAACUAUGAGAGAGCAAGAAGAAGGGAGAGCAAAGUAUAUUGGCUGUUACAUGGAUGACACGCGACAGAGAGCGCUCCGUGGAGUGUCCUUUUUCGACUACAAGAAGAUGACAGUGUUCCGUUGCCAGGACAACUGUGCGGAACGGGGAUACAUGUUUGCUGGACUUGAAUUUGGAGCAGAGUGCUACUGCGGACACAAAAUUAAAGCCUUAAAUGUCAGUGAAACAGAAUGUAAUAUGGAAUGCAAGGGGGAGAAGAGCAACAUCUGUGGUGGAGUCAAUCGUCUGUCAAUUUAUCGACUGGAGCUCACCCAAGAGUCUGCAAGGAGGUAUGGCAGCGCAAUUUUUCGUGGAUGUUUCCGUCGACCGGACAAUAUAUCUUUAGCGCUCCCAGUUAGCACCAUUUUGUUGAAUAUGUCUGUGGAUAAAUGUGUGGAUCGAUGCACAGAGAAGGAAUAUCCAUUGGCAGUGCUUGCAGGAACAGUCUGUCACUGUGCUUUCCCCACAACUUAUUUCACACUCCACGAGCGGGAAGACGAGCAACUGUGUGCUCAGAAAUGUACUGGAGAGGAAUUUGAGAGCUGUGGCACACCGGAUUACUUCGUAGUAUAUCAAACUCAAGUACAAGAUAAUCGAUGUAUGGACCGAAGAUUUUUGUCCACUCGUGCUAAACAACUUAUAGCCUUGGCAAGUUUUCCUGGUGCAGGCAAUACUUGGGCCCGGCAUCUCAUUGAACUAGCUACUGGCUUCUAUACUGGUAGUUAUUACUUUGAUGGAUCCUUGUAUAAUAAAGGUUUUAAAGGUGAAAGAGACCACUGGCGUAAUGGCCGUACUGUCUGCAUUAAGACUCAUGAAAGUGGACGGAAAGAAAUUGAAGCAUUUGAUGCUGCAGUCAUUCUCAUCCGUAAUCCAUACAAGGCCCUAAUGGCAGAAUUUAAUAGGAAAUAUGGUGGGCACAUUGGGUUUGCCUCACAGGCUCAUUGGAAGGGAAAAGAAUGGCCAGAAUUUGUAAACAACUAUGCACCAUGGUGGGCAACACAUACCUUAGACUGGCUUAAGUAUGGAAAAAACGUACUGGUUGUACAUUUUGAAGACCUCAAACAAGAGCUCUUUUUUCAACUAAAGAGGAUGAUUAACUUGCUUGGCCUCCCUGUAUUAGCUGACAGACUUUUGUGUGUGGAAGGCCAGAAGGAUGGAAACUUCAAACGCUCUGGUCUGAGAAAGUUGGAAUAUGACCCAUACACUGAAGACAUGAGAAAAAUGAUCAGCAACUAUAUUAGGACAGUGGAUGCUGCCCUGAAACUCCGAAAUCUCACUGGUGUUCCAGAAGACUACUAUCCAAGAUGAUGACACUGAUGAGCUGUGAAUGUCUCUGGGACCUCAGUUCCGGGUUGAUAGCUACUUCCACCCAGUGGGUGGCUUUGAAGACUUCCUGCUGCUACUAACUUAAUGAAUUUAUGUGCAUGAAACAAUGAUUACAGCGCUUCACAGAUCUGGCCAGAUGAAGGUUAUAUUUAUGUCCAAUUAGAUUAACAUGGAUAAACUCA